GCACUUUCUUGAACAAGCACUAGAUGGUUCUGAGAUUGAAGAGUCAUUAAUCAACUCAGUUAUGCAGCAAUUGACAUUUCAUUGCACACCAGAAGUACAUGUAAGAUUUGACCCAGAGAACGGCCAAAAGUUUGAUAUUUGCAAUGCAAAUCGACAGUUUGAAUUGGAAAUUAUGCCGAAACUUACUAGUCAAUGGUCUAAUUAUUUCAACAAUGCAAAGAAUACACUACAUUUCUAUCAGUUUGGUAACUGCCCUGGUUAUGCUGAACGAGAAAUAGAGGUGACAGCUGAUGGAACUUGGUCUAUGCACUUUGAAGGUAAACAUCGUAACAUAAACAUGGACUGGUUGGAUAUUUCAGAUACUCUGAAGAGUUGUGCAGAUCUGGUUGAGCUCCUUAAUACUGUUGGUGGACUAAAAUCAUGCCAAGGUUGUAAUUUUGACAAGUAUAGGUCUCUAAUACAGGGUGAAAUUUGCGACCAGGAACCAGUUUUCAAAACCAAGGAUGGCACUCCAGCUGCAAUGAUCGAUUUCAUGGUGUCUAAAGAUAAAGAGAAACUAAUUAGAUAGCCAAAAUGUUUGAUAUUUCUUGUUGAGAGUAAUUUGGUCAAAACACCCAACACUUGCGAAGCAUGCAAAAACACAGACCAAUAUUUAAGGACAAUGCUAUCAAGAAAAAACAACGAUGAAGGAAAACAUUGCCAAAGGGUACGGUUAGAUUAUUUGUCGAAAGAAGACCUCCUCGACCAUGCAAGGAAUGCUAUAAAAGAUAUGAAAUACUGGAAACAGAGGUGUCAACGCAUGCAAGAAUACAGAAACAAAAUUACCACAGUUGGGCCAAAAACAAACAAUGACCUCCAAACAUUGUUCACAAAAAUGUACAAUGGAAUUUCCGAAAAAAAACAUCAUCUACAAAAUCCCAUAUGCCAAUGGAAAGAGUGUCAUGAAAAAUUUGAAAACGUCGAGCUACUCUAUGACCACACUAAACAACAUGCCGAGAAAGUUGAUACUAUAACAGUUGCACCAAUAGAAAAGGACUACAGAUGUCAAUGGGAAAGAUGUGAUAAACAUUUUGGCAAGCUGAAAUUACUCCAUAAUCACAAGAGAGAACAUACUGGCUAUGUAAAAGAUAAACUUAUGGAAAUCCUGUUAAAAGACCAAGCAAUGGCUUUGCAAAAACCUGCAAAACGGAUGAAAUGCCACCCGUUGGUAAUACAGUGGUGUUUAAAAUUGUAUUGCAAAUCCCACUCAAUCUACGAGAGCAUGCAAUCUUCUGGAGCCCUUAAAUUACCAAGUGGCGGGACCCUAUCAGACUACCAGAACUUCAACAAUCCUAAAUCUGGUUGGAAUUCAGAAACAAUUGAAAGCAUGAAAAUGAAAUUCGACAAAAUGAAACCGCCCAAACAUGCCAAAUUAGGAGGUUUGUUCUUUGAUGAAGUCAAAAUUAAAGAAGGCCUUGUGUUUGACAGCAGCUCAUGGGAACUUAUUGGAUUUACGGACAUACAUGAAGAAAAUGGAACAAAUAACCCACUCGACAAGCUUGCAACUCGUGUCCUACAAUUCUUUUACAGGAGUCUAUUUUUUAAAUUUGACUUUCCAUGUGCAUAUUUUCUAACACAAGGUGCUACAGCAGUUCAGCUUAACCGUAUGUUCUGGUUUGGCAUCAGCUUACUACACAGCUUUGGUUUUGAUGUACUUCUUGUAUGUUGUGAUGGUGCAUCAUCCAACAGAACAUUUUACACCAUGAAUACCAACAACCCAUUGCACUCUAAAUGCUUGAAUCCGUUAUCAAACUACCCAAUAUUUUUCAUGUCAGAUCCACCACACUUAAUGAAAAAUUUGUUCAACAGUGGCUUUAAUCAUAAACGAUUUACUCGUCACAUGAUGAAAAAUGAAAACUAUAUACUAUGGGAUCAUGUUAAUGAUGUGUAUAAAAGAGAAAAGUUAAGGAACCUCUACGUCACAGAUCUUCGUAGCUCGCACAUUAACCAAGAUAACCUUAGUAAAAUGCGUGUAAAACUGGCGGUGCAAACAUUGUCAGAAAAAGUGACCAGCGAGAUGAGCAAGUGUGAUGAUGACAACACAAAGGCUACCCAAAACUAUAUAACAAUCUGUAGUAAAUUUUGGAGUGUUUUUAAUUCUGCUAAACCAUUACGUGCAAAAGAUGUGGAAAUUAUUCAACUGCUUGAUGAUGUAGUCAAAUUGUUCAAAGAUUGGCAAUAAACAUUGCAAAGUCAAUUUGAAACUAAAACUGAACAAGCCAAGCACUUUAUAUCCUGGCAGACAAUGUUUUAUUUGAUGGUAAAUACACUGUAUUUGAUUUAUUAAUUAAACAUUGUUACCUGAGCAGAACCAGACUCAAGUACAGUACCAUGGUAACUUAUUUGAUACUAAAUAAGUUGAUUUUAACUGGGUCCCAUAAACAUCCUAACAUUUCUUUCAAACCAUUACUGUAACCAAAAUUGUAGCUUUGUUUUCUUUUCUUUUCUUAAAGGGUACCAUAGAUGCAUUCAAGAAAUUCCUUGAUUUUAUUGCAAGUGAAAAGUUUGUUGAGGAGUAUGGUGAGCUAUUUGUCAUGCCAAUUAAGCUAAAUCAAGACUUUGUAGAGUCUUUCUUUUCGUCUCAACGACAAAUGUGUGGCGGCACACAAAAUAUGACAGCGUUUGUUUACUCAUACAACAUCAAUGGCUACAGUUGUGCUCAAACGGCAAAGGCACUGGGAAACAAACAAACAAAUGUUUAUGAACUGCAAGAAACAAUGACCUACUUUGAUGGCAAUAACAAUUUCCCAAAAAGAAGAAAUGAAAACAGUAUUUACAAUUUAGUCGAAUGGUACAUUGACGUAUAG